CUCUACUUUAGUCAAUCCUGUUUGGUCGAGGCCGCUUUAGCAUUGCGCUAUGACACUUGUGGUGAGCGCCAUGACAGUGCUCUACUUUUUUUAAUAGGAAAGGAUAGGAUAGGAAUAUAAAAAAAGGAAAGUAACGAAUAGGAUGGCUUGACUAAAGACACCCUUAACUCGUAAAUAAAAAGAAAAUAAUUUGUGGAAAUAACAAAUCUGAUUAACCAUGGACAAUGAUCAAUUUGGGAAGAGCAAUAAUGACUCGCAGUUCAUAUCGUUCCAUGAUUUCUCACCAAUAAACAGACCAGGUGGUGGAGGUCAGGCCCAAUUGGAUCUCAGCAGCCCCGACCAUCAGCAUCUGAGCAAUAACCAACGAUUCCCCAAUGAUGCCACGACAAUUGGAAUGAUGGAAGAGUUACGUGGACUUCCCCAGGAGAAAGAAGCCAAUAGCACACCAAAGAACUUCUGGACAGUGGAAUAUUAUCAAAAGUUUUUCAAUGUCGAUACGAACGAUGUUCUGCAACGAAUUAAGAAGUCAAUGAUUCCACAUGGAACCGACAAUUAUUUAUUGUCCCACAUACGACCGAAUCCCGACCUCUAUGGACCUUUCUGGAUCUGUGUUACCCUGAUAUUUGCUAUUGCUGUCAGUGGAAAUUUAGCUAAUUAUCUGCAGGCGUCGUAUACCGGUCAGCACCAUUGGAGAUAUGAGUUUCAUAUUGUUUCAUAUGCAGCCACAUGUAUAUUCCUGUAUGUUUGGCUACUUCCACUGGUUAUCUGGGCUGCUGUCAAGUGGACUAAUCAACCAAACGAUGCUGAUCUAGAUGCUGAAUUAAUUGAGACAAAUAAACCUCCAGGGCUUCUCGAGCUUCUGUGCCUUUAUGGGUAUUCAUUGUCUAUUUACAUUCCAACUGCCUUUAUGUGGACAAUUCAGAUCGGCUGGCUCCAAUGGAUUCUCGUUGGUAUUGCAGCAAUUCUCUCAGGGGGAGUAUUAUUGCGUUCACUUAUGCCAUCGAUUACUGGUAAACAGAAACCAAUUUAUAUCGCCGUAAUCCUUGGUAUGCAUCUGCUGUUGGCCACUGGUUUCAUGUUAUGCUUUUUCCAUGUGCCCAAAAUUCCCGAACCAGAAAUUCUCAUGCAAGCAAAUGCAACUCUACACACGCAAAAAAUGAUCAAUUCUUCGAAUGCAUCUAAAAAUUUGACAAAUCCUAUGUGAAUAUUUUCAGUUAGAGGUUCUAAAUAAUUCAAUGCACAGCACACUUGUCCCAUGAAAUUCAUUAUAAAAAGUUCUUGUACGUUGGUGUGAUGAGAAUCUAUGGAAUAAAUAAGUGAAUAAUUGAA